ACGCGAGUAACGCCCGUUAGCCUCUAGCCGUUAGCUAGAAUGCAUGCUGCAGCUGUCUGACCGGUGACAGAGGAAUAAUUAGAUAGUGGAGGUGCCUAAGCCAAGGCCACCGUGAACGUUGUAGUGAUUUGUCGGUAUACAUUUGUUGAAGGUGGUGUUUUGCGGUGUUGAAUGAACAUGUGGAGCUCCGGCCGGCGUGUCCUUCAGGAUCUGCUCAGCCAGCCUGCUGUCAGGGGUUUCUCUCUGAGUCCUGCUCAGAACACAGUCGUGGUGGAGCGCUGGUGGCAGGUGCCCUUAUCUAAAGUAGGCAGUCCACCAAGGCUUCACCCACGAAGACACAGAAUCUACAAGUUGGUUGAAGACACCAAACACAGUCCCAAGGAGAAGAUGGAGCUCAUCCUGACUCAGACGGUACCCAAGCUUGGUGGACGAGGAGACACUGUGUUUGUGAAAAAGUCUUUUGGCAGAAAUAAAUUGCUGCCCCAAGGCCUCGCAGUGUAUCCAUCACCAGAGAACAAACAGCUGUUUGCAGAGGAGUUAAGACUUCUGCAUGAAGGGAAGCCAGAGGAAAGAGUCCAGACCCGCACUGGACAACUGACGGUGGAGUUCCUUAAACGCUCUGAGCUGAGGAUAAACAAAAUGCCCUCGGAUGAUUUUCAGGUCACUAAAGAAGUUGUCUGUAGACAGUUUCUGAAGAAGCUGGGUGUUGUGGUGCCGCCUCAUGCGCUGAAUCUUCCAUUUGAGUCAGUGAAGGACGUAGGUGACUACUGGUGUGAAGUUACGAUCAAUGGAAUAGACACAGUUCGCAUCCCCCUGUCACUGGCGCCAUAUGAAGACCCGUCUGCAAAACAUCAGCGGCGGCUGAAAGCACAAAGGCGGCAGCAAGCAAAUAUUUCAGAACCAGCUGAUGUGGAAGAGGCUCCAGUGGGAGCUGAAGCUGGCGAAGACUCUGUGAGUCAAGUCAAUGAAAUUUCAGCCUCAGCAGGAACGGCAAGUACACAGACGAGUGAAGACACAACGGUGCCACCAAGUGACGGCACCAAAAAAGAUUAAUGGACAACAAAUGAAGAUGUGCGUACAACUGAAAUGGAUACUGUUUACCUAAGAUACACGUUAUACAUGCAUAAAAA